AUGUGGACGCUCCCACAGAGGAAGCCAAUCGUCUUCUCCAUGGCAAGACUUGACAGGGUGAAAAACUUGACUGGGCUAGUUGAGUGCUAUGCCAAGAACAGCAAGCUGAGGGAGCUCGUGAAUCUUGUUGUAGUCGGUGGCUACAUCGACGUGAAUCAGUCCAGGGACAGAGAAGAAAUGGCUGAGAUACAAAAGAUGCACAGCCUAAUCGAGCAGUAUGGUUUACAUGGUCAGUUCAGGUGGAUAGCUGCUCAGAUGAACCGUGCUCGGAAUGGUGAGCUUUACCGUUAUAUCGCAGACACAAAAGGCGUUUUUGUUCAGCCUGCUUUCUAUGAAGCUUUUGGGCUAACAGUUGUGGAAUCAAUGACUUGUGGUCUCCCAACUUUUGCUACCUGUCAUGGUGGACCCGCAGAGAUCAUUGAGAAUGGAGUUUCGGGGUUCCACAUCGACCCAUAUAAUCCAGACCAGGUUGCAGAUACUCUGGUCAGCUUCUUUGAGACAUGUGACACUGAUCCAAAUCAUUGGGGGAAAAUCUCUGAAGGAGGGCUCAAGCGAAUCUAUGAAAGGUACACAUGGAAGAAGUACUCAGAGAGGCUGCUUACGCUGGCUGGAGUCUAUGCUUUCUGGAAACAUGUAUCUAAGCUCGAAAGGAGAGAAACACGACGUUAUCUGGAGAUGUUUUACUCUCUCAAGUAUCGUGAUUUGGCGAAUUCAAUCCCGCUGGCAACGGAUGAGCCUUGA